AUCCAGUUACAUUCUACAGCGCUGUGUGUGUAUAGCAGCUACGCGGUGCAUUCACAGUCCUGCAGCAAGCAACGUUAAUCGAUUUAGCUAGCUGUAGUCCCUCUGGAGCGAGAUAAACUACCGAAAAUAUCAGGCAAUUAAGCUCAUGAGUUUGGAACUAUGGAGGUGACGCACUCCAUCCGCGAGCGCACGAUCGCCGAGAACAGCAUGGUCAUCCUUCUGCAGGGUCUCCAUGGCCAGGUGACCACAGUGGACCUACGCGACGAGAGCACUGCGCGGGGACGCGUGUUGAACGUUGACGCCUUUAUGAACAUCCGCCUGGAGGAGGUGGUGUACAGGGACAGGCGAGGGCACAUCAGCAAGCUGGCUGACCUCUUUAUCACCGGCCGGAACGUCAGAUACGUCCACAUUCCGGACAACGUGGACAUCAUGGACACCAUUCAAGAACAGCUGAGGGUGAUCAGCCGCGUGCGAAAUUUCGGCGGGGACAAGGGUGGCCGGAGGGAGUAUGCCAAAAAUAAAAAAUGACCUUAUCUGGACUGCAAAAAAAAUAAAUAA